CGCGAAGCGACCGCCCCGGUCCUUCCCGCACACACAUCACGCGCGCGAGGAUGUUCACGAUGACCUCCACGUCCAUCGCCGGCGCGCCGCGCGCCGUCGGCGCGCGCGCGGCCGUUUCCCGGAAGACCGCCGCGAGCGCGACGACGACGACGACGACGACGACGACGCAUCGACGCGCGUCCUCGGCCGCGCCCGCGACCGUCCGCGCGCGCGCGUCCUCCUUCAACGGCGCGCCCGUGAUGUCCAUCAGCCGCCGCGGCGCGAUCUCCGCGAAGGGCCCGCGCUCCCGCGCCCCCGCGUUCGUCGCAUUCGCCGCCGCGAAGGGAGAGUACGACUACGACCUCGUCAUCAUCGGCGCGGGCGUCGGCGGCCACGGCGCGGCGCUGCACGCGGUGGAGUGCGGCCUGAAGACGGCGAUCAUCGAGGGCGACGUCAUCGGUGGGACGUGCGUGAACCGCGGGUGCGUGCCGUCGAAGGCGCUCCUCGCCGCGUCCGGACGCGUGAGAGACAUGAAAAACGCGGAUCACCUCAAGAUGCUCGGGAUCGAGGUGGACGACGUGCGGUUCGAUCGCCAGGGCAUCGCGGAUCACGCCACGGGACUCGCGACAAACAUUCGCAACAACCUGACCAACUCGAUGAAAGGCCUCGGCGUGGACAUCCUCCUCGGCGCGGCGACGCUGAGGGAUAACCACACCAUCUCGUACAGCAAUAAGAAGUGCACGGCGAAGAACAUAAUCAUCGCCACCGGCUCGACGCCGUUCGUCCCGCCCGGGAUCGAGAUCGACGGGAAGACAGUCUUCACGUCGGACGACGCGCUCAAGCUCGACUGGAUCCCGCCGUGGGUCGCGAUCAUCGGGUCCGGGUACAUCGGGCUCGAGUUCUCGGACGUGUACACCGCGCUCGGGUCGGACGUGACGUUCAUCGAAGCGAUGCCGAAGAUCAUGCCGGGGUUCGACGCGGAGAUCGGCAAGCAGGCGGAGCGCAUCUUGAUUCAGCCGCGUAACAUCGACUACGUCACCGACGUCCUCGCGACCAAGGUGACCCCGGGGAUCCCCGGUGAAAAGCCGGUGACGAUCGAGCUGAGCGACUUCAAGACCAGGGAGGUCGUGGACCAGAUGGAGGUGGACGCGUGCCUCGUCGCGACGGGCCGCGCGCCGUACACCGAAGGUCUCAACCUCGAGGCGAUCUCCGUCGAGACGCAGAGAGGGUUCGUCCCCGUGAACGAGAAGAUGCAAGUGCUGGAUAAGGACGGCGGCGUCGUCGAGGGCGUGUGGUGCAUCGGCGACGCGAACGGGAAGAUGAUGCUCGCGCACGCGGCGUCCGCGCAGGGGAUCGCCGCGAUCGAGUGCAUGCAGGGUCGGGACAGGGUGUUGAACCACAACUCCGUCCCGGCGGCGUGCUUCACGCACCCGGAGGUGUCCUUCGUCGGUCUCACCGAGGAACAGGCGCGGGACAAGGCGAAGGAGGAGGGGUUCGAGAUCACGGUGAAGAAGACGUCGUUCAAGGCGAACUCGAAGGCGUUGGCGGAGAAAGAGGCGGACGGCAUGGCGAAGCUCAUCUACCGCUCGGACACCCAGGAGAUUCUCGGGAUGUGGAUCAUGGGCUUGCACGCGGCGGAUCUCAUUCACGAGGCGUCCAACGCGAUCAACAAUGGGAUGAAGGCGACGGACCUCAAGUUCGCGGUCCACGCGCACCCGACGUUAGCGGAGGUCGUGGACGAGGUGUUCAAGCAGGUGGAGCACGCGUGAGUGAAGCGACGGGCGGACGGACGGACGUUCGGACGGAUCGUCGGGGACGUCGACGAGGCGCGACGACGGCGGUGUGAAAUAUUAAACUUCGAAACCAAAUUCUUU